AUGAAGCCUUAUCCUGAUGGUGAAUUAUAUAAAACGGCAAUCGAAAUAUUUGCAUUAGAAUGUUGUUCGCCCGCUGUUUUCGAUAUUGCACACAAGUUACCUCUAAGUAACGAUACUGCUACUAGAAGAGUCAGUGAUAUAUCAGAUAAUCUAAUUAACGAACUUUCACAGUAUGCAAAUUUUUUCGUAAUUUUUAGAAUUUGUAAAGAUUUUCAAUAUUAUUCCUUUGCGCUUGAUUGUUCCAAAGAUAUUUUAGAUAUCGAACAAUUAGUAGUGUUUGUAAGGGGAAUAACAGGACUUAUGAAUAAAUGGAGGUGUGAUAAUAACUGGACUCCAGUGUUAUGGCAUUAUUGCAUUAUUCAUAAGGAAAACCUAAUUUCCAAAAAUAUUAAAAUGGAAAAUGUUUCUGAAGUAGUGAUAAAAAUUGUCAAUUGGAUUCGGGCGAACGCCUUCAAUCACCGAAAAUUUAAAACAUUUUUAACUGAAACCGAUUCGGAUUAUGACGAUGUCCUUCUUUUUUCAGUAAAACAAAUCCCCGAACUCCACUUUGAGGAGGACUCGGACAUCCUCAUCGCUGGGGCAGGCGUGUUCGGUUGUGCCUUUGGGUAUGCCAUGGCUCAACUCGGCCACAAAGUCACAAUAAUAGAAAAAGACAUCCACAAUAACACAGCCAAAUUACUGGGGGAAUAUCUCCAGCCUGGAGGAAUACUAGCCUUGGAAAAACUCGGAAUGAAGGGUUCUUUCACUUCUAAUUUAUCCUCACAGAUUGUAUCGAAGGAACUCUGGAAACGAAGGGAUAUGUCCUCCACCACCACGACUCGGACAGCCAAUAUGCGACCUUCUGUUGAGGAUGCUGUGAAUAAUGCAGAUAUGAUGGUAAUGCCCUGCAGGAGUACUGCUAAUUCGUUUCCGACAGUCCCCGGACUGAUCCAAGGAGGAGACUCGUUUAAUACAAGACAUCCUUUGACUGGAGCAGGGUUGACUGUUGCUCUUUAUGAUGCCAUUCUCCUUCGAAAUAGACUUGAGGGGGUGGACUUGAGUAACUACCGGGCUGUUCUUAGGAGACUUGGGACAUUUUCUAUCGAAAGAGCCCUCAACCACUCGUUUGUGGUCAAUGUCAUGUCCUUUGCUCUCUACCAGGUGUUUGCCCCUGUUGACGGUCGGUUUUUGUGUAUAUUUUUAGAAGUAGGUCGGAAUAUCCGUUCUGCUUGUGUUGCCUAUCUGCAAAGGAAGGGGGAGUGUUUGGCUGGGCCGACUAAUCUUUCGGUGUCUUCUCCUUUUAUAUUUUUUUAUCAUUUCGGGUCGGUGGCUUUGCAUUCUUGUUAUCUUAUUGGAAAGUCCCAUUCGGUGAGGUGUCCUCAUUUGAUUGCUCGUGACGUAUUUAUUCAUUUGAUUAAGGCUUGUUGCAUUGUUGGUCCUCUCAUUUGGAAUGACAUUCGAGCUAUUCUAUCCAUUUAA